AGGGGGCCCAGCAUCCAGUUCAUCCAGACCACGCGAUAGGGAUCACAACAUCUCCAGCGUUAACCCGCUGACAUCUCCAUGACAGAAACCUGACUUUACUCCUGGUAUUUUCUUCUCAUACAAUCAAAGUCUUCCUACCUGGGGCUCAUAUUGGUGGUAGAGCGUAAAAAAGAAAAGCCCAGAUCGAACAACAGACAUCCAACAUGUCGACCGUGGCACCUUUCACCCUGGAUGUCGCGACAUGUCUUUGCAUCGCAUUUGCCCUUUCCUUCAUGCCAGCCGCCUACAUCCUUGGCCGGUCGUUAAUCCCUUCCACUCACAUGCGAAACCGGAUCCUCUUCUUCUGGCACGCCUAUGACGCCCUCACCCACAUCUUCAUCGAAGGCUCAUUCCUCUACGAGUGCUUCUUCAGCUACACAUCUCUCCCCGCCGGCUUCAACCGUCCGCCCUACUUCCUCGAUCAGAAGGACCGUGUAUAUGGAGCCGCAUACGGAACUCGUCCCAGCUCGCGACUGUGGCAAGAAUACGCGAAGGCCGAUUUCCGCUGGGCGGCCGCCGAUGCCAACGUGAUUUCCCUCGAAUUGUUGACCGUUUUUCUUGGAGGCCCUGCAGCGCUGUAUGUCUGUUAUCUUCUGUGGAAGGCUUCUAGCAGCCGGACGAGUGCCACGGCAAAAGGUUCUGCGAAGGCGAAGCUGUGGCUGGUGGCGCCCGCUCUGGCGACCGCUGAGCUAUACGGCGGGUUCAUGACCUUUGCGCCUGAAUGGCUUACGGGUAGCUCGCAGUUGGAGACAAGUAACCCUGUAUACCUGUGGUUCUACCUGUUCUUUUUCAAUACCCUGUGGGUGUGGGUUCCUCUGUGGGUGUUGUGGGAGGCUACCAAGGAACUGCACACCGCCUUUACUAAGGCUGAAGGUGCAGCUGAAGCUCGAAAGAGCAAAUAAUGAAGAGCAUAUUAUAGAUUGGUUCAGCAGGUGCUGGUUAAUAAAACUGGUUUUUAGCGUUACAGAGUCAUUGACGCAUACGCAAUGACGCUUAUGCUUUCCAAAUUCUUUCCCCAAAUGGUCAUGACGAUAUCCCUGUAUAAUGAGCUUUCUACUCUUAGCUGUGUGAGAUGAACCAAACUUGGAGCUAAU